AUGGCUACCCCGACCGUGCAACGGGCCCUGGGCUCAAUCCCCCGGCGAGACGCCUUCCUCUCCAUGUCCGACCAGGUUCAAUUCCAGACUCUCGUCCAUCUGCUGCGGGUCUUAGUCUCCGUAGCUUUCCUCCCGCUCGACAAUACCAUCCUCGUGGUGGUCUAUCUCGCCAACUAUGCGGGGACGCUGUCCUGCCCCGCCAACGCCCUCCGCCGCCGGAGACAAGCCCUACAGGACGUGCAUUUCUAUCCGAAAACGAUCCUCGUCAGCGGCGUCAACACACCGCACGGACUCGCAGUCGCCCGCAGUUGGUACCUCCACGGCCAUCGCGUCGUAGGCGCCGACGUCAUCACCGACGACCACCCGACCCCGCCCUCAGGCGAGAGCAUGUCCACCGCGCUGACCGUCUGCUACCGCAUCCCGCAAUCGCAGUACGUCUCGCGCCUGCUCGACAUCGUGCAGCGCGAGAAAGUCGACCUCUGGAUUCCUUGCUCGUCAGAGACCUCGGCCGCUGACGACGCCGUCGCCAAGGAGGUCCUCGAGAGCCGCACCCCCUGCAAGUGCGUCCACCUCGACCCGGAGCUGGCCCGGCGCUUCAGCGAUCCGGAUCUGUUCGCGCAGUUCCUCGCCGAGAAGGAUCUGCCUGUCGUUGAGCGCCACCAGGUGCAGUCGCGCGACUCCAUUCACAAGAUCCUGCACCGCUCCCCGAGCAAGGUCUUCCGCCUGCGCAAGCCCGCAGCCGGGCCCGGAAGCGUGCGCAGCAACAGCAGCGAUGAUGACCUCCUAAUCCUACCGAAACGGACCCUCAGCCUGACCUACUCCCAAGUCAGCGAAGUGCCCAUCUCCAAAGACAACCCGUGGGUGCUGCAGCAGCAGACGCGCCUCGGCGAGUUCCGAGCCGAGCUCCUCGUCGUCCGCGGCCAAGUCAAAGCCAUCCGGGUGCUGCGCUCGGGGGGUGACAGCCACGGUCAAGGCCCGUCACGGCUCGACGGCGGCCUCGCCACCGCGAUCCACAAGCUCAUGGACCAGCUCGCGACCAAGGGCGGACCCCGCAUGACGACCCACCUGACCGUGCAGCUGCACGUGGACGAGCAGUUCGAGGCCAACUCCGUGCGCUACGUCGUCCACAUAGCGGGCUGCACGCUGGGCGCCUCCGCCGUUGCGCACCUCCUCCAGGACGGCGGUAGCACGUCGCUGAUCACGGGCUACCUGUCGCUGCUGUCGCCGUGCACGACUACCAGCCUUUGUCGGGAAGGCGGCGACCGAUCACAGGAGGAAGCACAGAAGCAAGAAGAGGAAGAAGGGCCCAGCAUCCACACGGAGAAGACCCGACGAUUCAGCUUGUAUCGGAUGGUCAGAUCCUACGACGUGCGCCGGGUCCUCCCUGCGCUGUAUCCGGCGUGCGAGCACCUCGAUGACUGGGCGCAUUGCGAGGCGGAUCGGCUCUUGUUCUGGAAUAACUGGCGCUUUUCUCCGUUUGAUCCGUUGCCGUGGUGGUGGCAUGUGCAUGUACAGCAGCCGUUGGAGGAGGUUGGAUCGCUGUUGGGUGGGGAGACUCCCAAGACGAAGUGA